UGCUUUUUACCAUCAUCUUUCUGUCUCUCUAUUCCGUCUGUCUGUCCAUGAUCUCUCUCUCUCUCUCUCUCUCUCUCUCUCUUUCCUCCUUCCACCGUAUAGAAUAGUAUAGUUGACACACCUACUACCCUUUGUCAUCAUCGGAGAAGUAUGCGUUGCUUUUCCCGUAAUCAGGCGUGUAAGAGUCGGAUCUGUAACUAUUCGUGUUUAUCGAGAAGCCUAAUCGGAGCUAAUCACACCUCUGCUCGUUUCUCCUCUCGUUAGUCCUUCCGCUCCCUCAGAUUCAGGGUUUCCUUCUUCCUCCUUUUUUUUUUUCUGGUUUUCCAAUAAACAAAACAAACAACCAACCGCGAGAGCUAUUCUUUCGUUCUUUUGAUUUGGUUUGUGGGGGAUUGUAAAGUAAAAAAAAAGAUGGAGACGUCGAGGAGCUUGUUGUUGCGUAAAAUGAUGGUGCGGGUGCUUCUCAUGGGCGUUCUCGUCAUCCUCGUUCGAUUCGCUUAUGUGGUCACCAUCACUGGUGAAUCAUGCAACCGCGGCGACUUCUGCUUCUUCUCUCUCCCUCAGAAUCUCAACCUCGUCAUCUCCGGCGGCUCUUCCCCCAUCAGAUCUACCUCCUCCUCCUCCUCUGAUGACCUCUACACCAGCAGGGAUUGGAUCCAAUCCGUUCGGUUUUACUCCUCCAUCUUUCAGGAUCUCAUCUCCGACGGUUACCUCUCCCCGGAAUCGAAUACUCUCUGUGUCGAGACGGCUACAGGGCAAGAUGUGUUCGCCCUGAGAGAGAUUGGGGUGAAGAACUCCAUCGGGAUCUCUAAGAAGGCCUUUCGCCCUUUGGUGGUGAGAGGCGAGGGGCACGCUAUUCCUUUCCAGAAAAACACCUUCGAUUUCGUCUUCUCCGGUGGUGGCCGUCUUGGGAAGUCGCUGAAGCAGUUGGAGUUCGCCGAGGAGAUCACUCGGACCCUGAAGCCCCGAGGGAUUGCGGUGGUUCAUGUGGGAGCCACAGAUACGUACAGUUUCAAUUCAUUCCUUGAUUUGUUUAAUUCUUGCAGUUUGGUGAAGAUGCGUGAUCUUGACGGCUUUGAUUCCUCCAUGCCCCAUGUCAGAGAAUUCGUUAUUCAGAAGGUUGAACAAGUUGAAGGUGGUCACCCCCAUCAUCAGAAUUCUGGUGGUGGCGGCGGCAAGUGCUGGAUCCCUGGUUACAAAAGAGACUUGAUUCGAGAUGCUGAGCCACUCAUUCCAGAGGAGCCUUUAAAGCCAUGGAUCACUCUCAAGCGCAACAUUCAAAACGUUAAGUACAUCCCUUCCAUGGUUGAUAUUCGUUUUAAGAGCAGAUACGUAUACGUCGAUGUUGGUGCCCGAAGCUACGGUUCAAGCAUUGGGAGCUGGUUCAAGAAACAGUACCCCAAGCAGAACAAGACUUUUGAUGUUUUCGCCAUUGAGGCUGACAAGGCCUUUCACGACGAGUAUAAGAUCAAGAAGAAGGUGCAGCUUUUGCCCUAUGCAGCCUGGGUCAGGAACGAGACUUUGUCCUUUGAGAUCAAUCACGAUCCUGGAAAACAAGUUGAAGCCAAAGCAAUGGGCAGGGGGAUGGGAAGAAUCCAGCCAGUUACAAAAUCUUCCUCGAGCUUAGCUGGAGAGGUGAACCUGAUCCAAGGCUUUGAUUUCGCUGACUGGCUGAAGAAGAGUGUGAGAGAGAGGGACUUUGUUGUGAUGAAGAUGGAUGUUGAAGGAACAGAAUUCGAUCUGAUCCCCAGGCUGAUCAAGACAGGAGCUAUUUGUCUAAUCGAUGAGUUGUUCCUUGAAUGUCAUUACAACAGGUGGCAGAGAUGUUGUCCGGGCCAAAGGAGCCAGAAGUACAACAAGACUUAUAACCAAUGCUUAGAGCUCUUCACUUCGCUCAGACAAAGUGGGGUUCUUGUCCAUCAAUGGUGGUAACGCUUGCAUUAUCUCCUUCUUUCUUCAUGCCUUUGGGGUGAUUUCCAAUCUAUAAAUGUACUUUUCUUCUUCUAGAAUAUAAACAACAAAGAUAUUGUAGGUUUCUUUUAUUUAAAAGAAAAAAAUACUAUUCGUGUCUGUUUUGAAAUUCCCUUUAAUGUAAGAAGUUUAGCUUGAAAUGGAUAAAAAAGUUUUAAGUUUCUC